CCCCUCUCCCUCACAAUCAUGUCCGAGCAGCCGCCCGCCGAGCUCGCCGCGCGCCUCGCGGCCGCGGGCCAGGCGCACCUGCUGGCCUUCUGGGCGCAGCUCUCCGCCGCCGAGCGCGCCAGGCUGCAGGCGCAGCUCGAGGCGCUCGACGUCGAGCGCGUCAGUGCCGUGUACGCCAAGGCCAUCGAGGGCGAGGCUUCUGCCGCCGCGCUGGCCUCACAGCGCCACUCGCUCGCCGCGCCUCCUUCCGACGCCACCUUCUCCGCCGCCGCCGCUCCCUCCGAGGCAGCCGAGCUGCGUCAGAUCGGCCUCGAUGCCAUCCAGCAAGGCCACGUCGGCGUGCUGCUGCUCGCCGGCGGCCAGGGCACGCGUCUCGGCAGCAGUGCGCCAAAGGGCUGCUACGACAUUGGCCUGCCGAGCCACAAGAGUCUCUUCCAGCUGCAGGCCGAGCGCAUCCGGCGCCUCGAGGUGCUGGCGGGCGGCGCGGCGCGCGUGCCGUGGUACAUCAUGACCAGCGGGCCCACGCGGGCGCCGACGCAGCGCUUCUUCGAGGAGCACGCGUACUUUGGCCUGCGAGCCGAGGAUGUCGUCUUCUUCGAGCAGGGCACGCUGCCUUGCCUGACCAUGGACGGCAAAGUGAUGCUUGCCUCUCCCUCCGAGAUCGCCACGGCGCCCGACGGCAACGGCGGCAUCUACACUGCGCUGCGCGCGCCCCUCUCUCGCGGCGCCUCCGACAGCGUCAUCUCCUCGCUGCAAUCGCGCGGCGUGCGCUACCUGCACGCCUUUGGCGUCGACAACUGUCUUGUGCGCGUCGGCGAUCCCACGUUCCUCGGCCUGUGCAUCCGGCGCGGCGUGCAGGCGGGCGUCAAGACGGUGGUCAAGACGCAGGCCAGCGAGAGCGUCGGCGUCGUGGCGCAGCGCGACGGCAAGUGGGGCGUGAUCGAGUACAGCGAGAUUCCCGCCGCGCUCGCCGAGGCUCGCGAUGCCGACGGCCAGCUCACGCUGCGCGCCGCCAACAUCGUCAACCACUUCUACACGACGGGCUUCCUCGCCGAGGCGGUGCCGGCCUUUGAGCGCGAGAUGGCGUUCCACAUUGCGCGCAAGAAGAUUCCCACCGUCGACGCCGCGGGCAAGGCGUACAAGCCCGACACGCCAAACGGCAUGAAGCUCGAGCUCUUCAUCUUCGACGUCUUUCCCUUCGUCGAGGCGCUGGCCGUGCACGAGGUGCCGCGCGAGCAGGAGUUUAGUCCGCUGAAGAACGCGCCCCACACGGGCGCAGACGACCCGCAGACGAGCCGGCGCGAUCUGCUGCGCGAGCAGCGCCGCUGGCUCGAAGAGGCGGGCGCACGCGUAACGGAGGGCGCAGAGGUCGAGGUCAGCCCGCUGGUCAGCUAUGCGGGAGAGGGCCUCGAGAAGCUCAAGGGCCGCGAGUUCAACGAGAGCACCGUCGUCGACAGCCUGUAGCGCAGCACGCGUGAUGGGACAGGACAUCAAUUUUUCAUUUGGGCAG